UCCAUCCCUGCAUCUUCGCCACUCCCUUCCCCGCUCCCCCAAAUUUCUCAUCUAGGGCACACUGGGCCUAGGGCAUAAGGUCGGAAAACAGACAGCUCCGAGUUCAACAGAAUGGAUUUGUUACCCACGGAGACACAGUCUCUCAGCCGGCGUCAGGGUUUUCGGUCCCUGAAACUGGUGAAUAUAUCCAUGGACGAUCUACUGCCCGAGGUGCCGGUUGGCGUAGACUACGGCGUCCUUGAGAACGGCUUAACUUACUACGUCCGAUGCAAUCCCAAACCGCGAAUGCGGGCAGCACUUGCACUCGCCGUUAAGGUCGGCUCAGUUUUGGAAGAAGAGCGUGGGGUUGCUCACAUUGUUGAACACCUUGCUUUUAGUGCCACAAAGAAAUAUUCAAACCAUGAUAUUGUUAAGUUUCUUGAAAGCAUUGGAGCUGAGUUUGGUGCUUGUCAGAAUGCUUUAACUUCUUCAGAUGAGACAAUUUAUGAAUUGCUUGUUCCAGUAGACAAACCUGACUUAUUAUCUCAGGCAAUAUCUAUUCUUGCUGAAUUCAGCUCCGAGGUUCGGUUUUCAGCAAAGGAUCUAGAAAAAGAGCGCGGGGCUGUUCUAGAAGAGUAUCGGAGUGGUCGUAAUGCUUCUGGUCGGAUGCAAGAUGCUCACUGGACUCUAAUGUUUGAAGGAUCAAAGUAUGCGGAACGUUUACCAAUUGGAUUAGAAAAAGUAAUACGAACAGUUACUCCUCAAACAGUCAAAAAGUUUUAUGAUAAAUGGUAUCAUCUGCACAACAUGGCUGUUGUUGCUGUAGGUGAUUUUCCUGAUGCACAGAGUGUAAUUGAAUUAAUAAAGACUCAUUUCGGGCAAAAGACUUCAAUUUCUCACCCCCCUCCAAUUAUACCAGAAUUUCUUGUGCCAUCACACAACGAACCACGGUUCUCAUGCUUUGUUGAAUCUGAAGCUGCCGGAUCUGCAGUUAUGAUCAGCUGCAAGAUUCCUUUGGAUGAGAUGAAAACCGUGAAAAAUUAUCGGAAUUCACUGGCAGAAGCAAUGUUUCAUUGUGCUUUAAACCAGAGGUUCUUCAAGAUAUCCCGUUGCAAAGAUCCACCACACUUCUCGUGCUCUUCAGCAGCUGAUGUUUUAGUUCGUCCUGUUAAGGCUUAUAUAAUGUCCUCAAGUUGCAGAGAAGGAGGGACGGUUGAGGCACUUGAAUCGAUGUUGAUGGAGGUUGCGCGGCUUCGGGUUCAUGGGUUUUCAGAUCGUGAGAUAUCUAUUGUGCGGGCACUGAUGAUGUCAGAGAUAGAAUCUGCCUUCCUCGAACGUGAUCAAAUGCAAUCAACAGUGUUGCGUGAUGAAUAUCUUCAACACUUCUUCCGUGAAGAGCCUGUUCUUGGAAUUGAGUAUGAAGCACAAUUGCAAAAAACGAUCUUGCCAUAUAUUUCUUCUGAGGAGGUAUCAAAAUUUGCUAUGAACUUCAGUGCAACAAGCAGUUGUGUUGUGAAGAUAGUUGAGCAUCAAGCACGUGCAACAAUAGAAAACUUGAAGGCUGUUGUAUCAAAAGUUAAAGCCUUGGAGGAUGAGAAGAGAAUUCCUCCUUGGGAAGAUGAGCACGUCCCUGAAGAAAUUGUUCUUGAGAAGCCAAGUCCGGGGAGAAUUAUAGAGAAGUCAGCUUUCCCUGACAUUGGUGCCACUGAGUUGCUAUUAUCAAAUGGUAUGAGGGUUUGCUACAAGUACACUGAUUUUCUUGACGAUCAGAUACUUUUUACUGGCUUUGCAUAUGGUGGGUUAUCUGAACUCCGUGAAGAUGAAUAUAUUUCCUGCUCAAUGGGAUCAACUAUUUCAGGAGAAAUUGGUGUAUUUGGUUACAAACCUUCUGUACUUAUGGAUAUGCUUGCCGGUAAAAGAGCUGAAAUCAGUACAAAAGUUGGGGCAUACAUGAGGACCUUUUCUGGUGAUUGUUCGCCUUCUGAUCUUGAAACUGCUUUGCAGCUUGUCUACCAACUCUUUUCUACUAACGUUGAACCAAGGGGUGAAGAAGUUAAAAUAGUAAUGCAAAUGGCGGAGGAGGCAAUUCGAGCUCAAGAAAGAGACCCGUACACUGCAUAUGCAAACCGUGUCCGGGAGUUAAACUAUGGGAACUCAUAUUUCUUUAGACCUAUUCGAAUUGGUGACCUCAAAAGAGUGAAUCCCAUAAAAGCAUGUGAAUAUUUCAACGAUUGUUUCAAGGACCCCUCUACAUUUACUGUUGUCAUAGUUGGGAAAAUUGAUGCUGAUUCAUCUCUUCCGCUAGUUUUACAGUACUUGGGUGGAAUUCCAAGGCCAUAUGAACCUGUUUUACAAUUCAAUCGUGACGAUUUAAAAGGCUUGCCAUUUAAGUUUCCAGAAACCAUUGUUAGAGAAGUUGUUCGCAGUCCUAUGGUUGAAGCUCAGUGCUCUGUCCAGCUAACUUUUCCAGUAGUUCUAAAGAGUGCAUCCAUGUUGGAAGAGAUUCACUUUAUCGGGUUUUUAAGUAAAUUACUAGAAACGAAAAUAAUGCAAGUUCUUCGCUUCAAACAUGGCCAGGUAUACUCUGUGGGCGUCUCUGUCUUCCUUGGUGGUAAUAAGCCUUCAAGAAUUGGAGAUGUGCGUGGUGAUAUAAGCGUUAGCUUUUCAUGUGAUCCGGAUAUUUCCUCAAAGCUGGUUGACCUUGCCCUGGAAGAGAUAUCUUACCUUCAGGAGCAAGGGCCAGUUGUUGAAGAUGUCUCAACCAUCCUUGAAAUAGAGCAGCGAGCUCAUGAAAAUGGUUUGCAGGAAAAUUACUAUUGGUUGGAUAGAAUUUUGCGUAGCUACCAAUCACGGGCUUAUUUUGGCGACCUCAAUGUCUCAUUCGAGAUUCAGGAAGAAGGCCGAACCAAAGUUAGAAAAUGUUUGACUCCAUCAUCGAUGCUCUUGGCUCUACGAAGAUUAUUGCCUUUUCCAUGCAAAAAUCAGUAUACUUUAGUGAUUCUUAUGCCGCAGACAUCUCGCAUGAAACUGCUAAAAUCAUCAUUUUUAUUCAGCUCCGAUGGAUUUAGCAGGGAUGCGAAGAUUUUGGCUUCUGCAGCUGGUGGCAUGAUAAUACUCAUUAGUCUUUGGAGAUAUUGUAGAAGUUCUUGGAAAUCUUAGGAUAUGAUUUUUAUUUUAAUUUUACUUAUUUUUCUUUUUAUGAAUUUGACAUUUAUGCUGUAAGGAAGGUUAUAAGUGAAAAACAAAAUUUUGGAACUGCAAAAAGAGCCUAUUAAUUGCUGGAAGUUUCAUCAUGAAGGCCAUGAAAUCACCUCAACGUGUCAGAGCCUCUCAUAUUAGAUUGAAAAUUAAUUGAUUGCCAUGUAUUGUAUCAUGUAUCGAUGUAUGUGACCACUUUGGUUUAUUAAAUUUUCUAUUUUUAUUUUGAGCUUAA